AUUCUUUGUCCUUAGUACUCCUCUGGUUACUCCUCAGCCUCAAAGUACACUCACAUACACACACACCAACUGCUUGGGAUUUUGCUCCAAAGAAAAGAAAAAAAAAAUGGCUGCAGAAAUGGCCCUUGUGAAACCAAUCUCCAAGUUUAGCAACACCACACCCAAAUUUGGCACCAGAAGAAUUGGUUCAUACUCCAAAUUCAGCACCAUAAGAAUGUCCACAACAACACCAACACCUCCAGCUGCAUCAACCUCAACAAAGCCAAGCAAGAAGGGUAAAACUGCCAUAAAGGAGACACUGUUGACACCAAGAUUCUACACAACAGACUUUGAUGAGAUGGAGAUGCUGUUCAACACUGAGAUAAACAAGAACCUGAACCAGGAUGAGUUUGUGGCACUGCUGCAGGAGUUCAAGACUGAUUACAACCAGACACACUUUGUGAGGAACAAGGAGUUCAAAGAGGCUGCUGACAAGAUUGACGGUCCACUCAGACAGAUCUUUGUUGAGUUCCUUGAGAGGUCUUGCACUGCUGAAUUCUCUGGUUUCCUCCUUUACAAGGAGCUUGGAAGGAGGCUCAAGAAAACCAAUCCUGUCGUGGCUGAGAUUUUCUCUCUGAUGUCUAGGGAUGAAGCCAGACAUGCUGGAUUUCUGAACAAGGGUUUAUCUGACUUCAAUUUGGCUUUGGACUUGGGCUUCCUUACAAAAGCUAGAAAGUACACAUUCUUCAAGCCAAAGUUUAUCUUCUAUGCUACAUAUCUGUCUGAGAAAAUCGGAUACUGGAGAUACAUAACCAUAUACAGACAUCUCAAGGAGAAUCCUGAAUACCAAUGUUAUCCCAUUUUCAAGUACUUUGAGAACUGGUGCCAGGAUGAGAACAGACAUGGAGACUUCUUCUCUGCUUUGAUGAAAGCACAGCCACAGUUUUUGAAUGACUGGAAGGCAAAACUAUGGGCUCGAUUCUUCUGUCUAUCGGUUUAUGUCACGAUGUAUCUCAAUGAUUGUCAACGCACAGCUUUCUAUGAAGGCAUUGGACUCGACACAAAAGAAUUUGACAUGCAUGUCAUCAUUGAGACCAACCGCACAACAGCUCGGAUUUUCCCAGCUGUUCUUGAUGUUGAGAACCCGGAGUUCAAGCGGAAAUUGGACCGGAUGGUUGAGAUAAACGAGAAGCUUCUAGCUGUUGGUGAGAGUGAUGACAUUCCGGUGGUGAAGAACUUGAAAAGGAUUCCACUUGUUGCCGCCCUGGUGUCUGAACUCUUGGCAGCAUAUCUAAUGCCACCCAUUGAGUCAGGAUCUGUAGAUUUGGCAGAGUUUGAACCACAGCUUGUGUACUGAAGUUAUGCAUAAAAUUCCCUUAUUUACUUUUGAUCUCCAUCAUAAUGUUCAUUAUGGGUUCUAUUAGUAUUGCUGCCAAAAGUUGGUUGUACUAGACAGUGAGGAAACAUUUACAAUAUUGACUUAUUGAGGUCCCUUUCUAGUUAUAA